AUGACGCCCCCCGCCAUCAUCGCCCCCUCCAUCCUCAGCGCCGACUUCUCCAACUUGGGCCAUGAAUGCUCCAAGAAAAUGGAGGAAGGCUCCGACUGGCUCCAUGUCGACAUCAUGGAUGGCCACUUUGUGCCGAACAUGACCAUUGGCUGCCCCGUCGUCAGUCAAAUUCGCGGAUGCGUCGACCGACCCCUCGAGCCCAAUGGCCGCGGCACCUUUGAUUGCCACAUGAUGAUUAUGGAGCCGCACAAGUGGGUGCACGAAUUCAAAAAGGCCGGUUGCGAUCUCUACUGCUUCCACUACGAGGCCGCCGUCUCCUCCGUCGCCGCGACCGACCCGACCGACAAGGAAACCACCCGCCGGACGAACCCGCGCGAAUUGAUCCGAUAUAUCCACGAGGAGGGCAUGCAGGCCGGUGUCGCUAUUAAACCCGACACCCCCGUCGAUGUGCUGUGGGACAUUGUCGAGAGCUCCGACCCGGCCGAGCGCCCGGAUAUGGUCCUCGUCAUGACCGUGCACCCCGGCUUCGGCGGACAGAAAUUCAUGGCCUCCGAGCUCCCCAAGGUCCAAGCUCUGCGCGAACGCUACCCGGAUUUGAACAUCGAGGUAGACGGUGGACUGGGCCUGGGCACCAUUGACCAGGCGGCCGAUGCCGGGGCCAACGUGAUCGUUGCCGGUUCAGCGAUCUUUGGCGCGGCAGACCCGGCCGAUGUGAUCUUGAAAUUGCGUGACGCUGUCCAGAAGCGACGGGCACUCGAGCAAUAA